CAAAACCCCACCCUAAUUGUCAGCCAUAUUGGAUUGAACUGAAUAUUUACCGGAGAUUUUGAAUGAUCGCUACACACAUCUGGUAGCGGAGGACAUUAUAUAUACACUACCAGCAUUUUGCAGGGAAAGAAACAACAAAAUGCCGAAACCAGUGAAUGUCCGGGUGAUGACAAUGGAUGCAGAGCUGGAGUUUGCCAUCCAACCUAACACAACUGGCAAACAGCUCUUUGAUCAGGUGGUCAAAACUAUAGGUCUGCGUGAGAUCUGGUUCUUUGGGUUGCAGUACAUAGACAGUAAAGGCUACACAACUUGGCUAAAACUCAACAAAAAGGUUUUGAGUCAAGAUGUUAAAAAAGAAACACCACUUCAGUUCAAGUUCAGGGCUAAAUUCUAUCCUGAAGAUGUAUCUGAGGAACUUAUACAAGAAGUCACACAGCGCAUGUUUUUCCUGCAAGUGAAAGAGUGUAUUUUGAAUGAAGAUAUCUACUGCCCCCCAGAGACCUCAGUGCUACUCGGCUCCUACGCAGUGCAGGCCAAAUAUGGCGACUACAACAAAGAUGUGCACAAAACUGGCUUCCUGGGCAAUGAUAGACUUUUACCUAUGAGGGUCAUAGACCAACAUAAGAUGUCCAAAGAACAAUGGGAAGAGAGAAUCGUCAACUGGUACAAAGAGCACAACUCCAUGCUUCGAGAGGAUGCAAUGAUGGAGUACUUAAAAAUAGCCCAGGAUCUAGAGAUGUAUGGUGUGAACUAUUUUGAAAUCAAAAAUAAGAAAGGCACAGAUCUAUGGCUAGGCGUAGAUGCAUUAGGUUUAAAUAUUUACGAAAAAGCUGACCAACUCACCCCCAAGAUAGGAUUCCCAUGGAGUGAAAUUAGAAAUAUUUCUUUUAACGACAAGAAGUUUGUUAUAAAACCAAUAGAUAAGAAAGCACCUGACUUUAUGUUUUAUGCAGCCCGGCUUAGGAUAAACAAGCGAAUUCUUGCCUUGUGUAUGGGCAACCAUGAGUUGUACAUGAGGAGACGUAAGCCAGAUACCAUCGAAGUUCAGCAGAUGAAGGCACAGGCUAAAGAAGAGAAAAUUGCUAAACAGGCAGAAAGAUCUUUACUGGCCAAGGAGAAACAGAAGAGAGAAGAUGCUGAAAGGGAGAGGGAGGACCUAGAACAAAGACUCAAGAACUAUGAAUUAGAAAGGUCUAAUGCUCAGCAAGAACUUGAGGAAUCCAAUAAUAAGAUGAGAGAUUUGGAAGACCGUGUUAAGACCACUGAGUUAGAGUUCAGACAGAUUGAAGAAGCCAGAUUAGCAGCAGAGGAGGCCAGGAGACUAGCAGAGGAGUCUGCUCAUCUUGAGAAGGAAGAGCGUGAGCGAAGGGAAGCUGAGGCUCGUGAAGCCCAGGAGAUCGCUGAUGCAAAGGUAGCUGAGGCCGCUGAAAGAGCAGAGGAGGCAAGGUUGCUGCAAGAAAAACUAGAGGAAGCAAAAAGAGAAGUUGAGGAAUCCCAGGCUAAACUCUCAGAGGCUAUUGCCACACCUGCUAUCAUUAUGGUCAAGGAAAACGAACAAAUGGAUGCUGAUGAAACUGAAACAUAUGAGAGUGAACUGACUGUUGGAAACCAUGAGGUGCCUCAAUAUGAAGUUGACCGUCAAACACAAAUGGCCAAGGAUGCAAGGAUGAGAGAAGAGCUGGAGAAAUUGCAAGCUGAACUGACGGACCAGAAGGAUGUGAGCAAAGUGACGAGACAGGACAUGCUUCAUCAAGAGAAUGUCAAGCAGGGGCGUGAUAAAUACAAAACUCUUAAACAAAUUAGGUUAGGAAAUACCAAGAAACGCGUGGAUGAGUUUGAGGCUAUGUAAUCUAACAAACGAUGGCUCUACCAUACAGUGAGAGACUUUUAGGAUCAGAUAAGCUCUCAACAUGCAGAUGUAUUGUGCUCAAUAUUACAAGAACAAUGAUCAAUGUAACAACAAUGAUUACUAGUGUAUUGAAACUGGCAAUCAAUGAACAGGAAUUGCCCCAUUAUUAAUGUUACCAUAUGGAAUGAAAUGUGAACAAUUGUUGAGACACCUGUAAUAUAGAAAAUAGAAAUGAAAUGUUAGCCAUAAUGACAAUGAGACACUAGGAGAUGCAAGAUUACUUUAUAUCAUAACAUAUAUAUAUAUUAAAAUUAUAUAUAUAUAUAGGGACGCAGGAACGAAUCAAUGUUUGACUGGGUAAUCAAGGACUGGUUCACAUUUACAGAAUAGCAGGCUCUGCAAUUCAAAUGUUUCUUUUUUAAAUAAAGUAUCUUGCAAGAUUACUACCAAACAACUAGUUUAUUCUUCAAGAUUAUUUGCUCUAUUUGAAAUCAAGGCAGAUUUGAAGUUGUUGAGCUUAGUGGUUCUGUGAACAUAAGUGCCUCGUCUUCGUGAAAGUACGACUAGAGGCUGUGCAAUAAAAUGAACAAAUGUGACUUCUAUGUCUAGAUGUAACACCCACACUUGAUAAGUUGGAACAAGAGCCAUACUUUGCCUUUGUCAGUAAGAUUCUACAGUAGGUUUAACACUUGUUAAUUUCAAUGUGAUCACAGAAAUCAUUUCCUGACAUUUUGCAAACAUCAGACUCUGGAAGUUUCUAGCUUUUUCCCUUACUGCUAUGCUUCUUUUGUAGAAGGCAUAUGUCUGAUAUUUAUCAAUGAAUUAUUCAGUGAUCAUUAAUAUUCACCAUGAAAAUUAACAAAUGGAGGCAUUUACAUGUUAAUAUGUACCUGGGAUCAUCUGAUCUUUCUGAUUGAAACUACAUGGUAGAAACUACAUCUCUGGUGCUUAUAAAAUGACGCCAAUAGCAUACAGCAAUUGUUGCAAUGGUCAUCAAUACAUUAUGUAUUUAUAUAGCAUUGUAGAAUUCAAAUUAGCAUUUAUACUGUGCCUGUAUUCAUCAUUCAUAAUCAAAUUCCUUUCAUUUUGCAGUGACAGAGUUUUGAAUUAAACAAAAGCUGGAAAUGAAUUUGACAAUGAUUUUGAUCAGAUAUGAAUCAAUAAAUAAGAAAUUGUAAAUACAAGAGCAAAGUUGAUAGGCGUUAAUAUUGAAUAACUCCCUGUCUUCUAAGCUUCAUGAAAAAACUAUAAUUUUUCACCAAAAAUCACUAUUUUUACUACUACAAACUUUCAUGUAAAAGAAAUUCUGCAUUUUCUACUUGUAGCUAGCUAGCAUAUAUAAAUUUGGAAAGCAUGUGUUUAUGUGUUCAGUUUCAGUGAACUUUUAUCUAACUCUGCUGACAUGGUGCUUCUUGGCCCUUGUCUAUAGAAAGUAGUAGUAGAAUUGGGUUUAUUAUGCAACAUUGCCACAUAUUUUAUUUAACAUUUAUUAGUCGCCAAAUUGUUGGAUUAUUUGUUAUUAUUACUAUGUUCACAAUAAUAUUAUAUCAACUCAUAAUCAUAUGUAUACGUUCCAGAAUAUUAUAUGUUAUUAUCGGAGCAUGUGCAAACAUCACUUAUAUGUUAAGUAUAUCAAACGCUUUAUUUUAUAUAUCAUAAAUUGACUAUUAUGUUAGCUUUAUACAUUAUGGAGUAAUGUGUUUUAUAUCGAGUUGUACAUGUACACAAAUUCAUGUUACUAGUUAACAUUCAAAGGAAGUGUAUUUUCCUGGCCUGAUAGGUCAUUGGACAUCACAUGACUAAAGUAAGGCAAUGUUGGAAAUACAUGCCUUGAAGCUGAAACUCAUUACAUUACACACCAUAUGUGCAACAUUGUAGAUUUUGUAGAUCAAAUGCUAUUAAAAUAAUUCAUUAUUCUUUCAGGCAUGUCUUGUUAGUUAAUUCCAAUUUCCUUAUAAUCAAUUUUUGACACAAAAGCUCCAUUCUACAUUUCAACAUGAUUUCACCUAAAGGUUUAACAGCUUCAUUUGAUAACAUGUAAAUUCAGCCUUUAUAGGGAAUUUGUAUGGUCACAUGAUUGACUAAGUCUUGUUGCAUUCUCCCAGGAUGGUACACUAUCUAGGACUGGUCAUUGGUGCAUCAUGGAGAGGACAAUGAUCCCAUGAUAUAUCAGCAUACUGGUGCAUGAUGGGAAUGUCCUCAGGUGAUCAUGGAGAUUUCUGGGUUAUGUAACAUCAUUUUAUUUGCUCCUUUGUAUAUUAUAUUGUUGAUUUCUGUCAGUAGAGGACAGGUUGUAAUUCUAUAAACAAGUUGUCAAGGACAUGCUUGAUUGGCAAUAAAUGACCUUCAAUCAA